UUAUUUCUAUCAACAGUGGGAAUCAGAGGUCCUGUUCUUCAUGCUAGUUAUCAUAAUGUUUAGAUCUCGGAAGUCUGGAAGUCGAAAUAUGGUUGCCUACAUUUCUGUGUUCAACAUGUAUGCCAAAGUAUGCAAUGGAGUUUUAUGGUUCACAGCAGAUGUGGUAUACGGCAUCAUCUAUGUUAUAUUAGUCAUUAUUCAUUUCCUGGUGGUUGGAGAGCCGGUAUACCAAGGUCCAGAAAAAGUGAUAUACUUCCAAGGCAAGGAACUAGAUGAGGAGCUGGCACGAGACAAACAUUGUCUCUGGUACAUCACCUUUUUCACUGCAUGGAGUCCUGCCUGUUCUAGUUUGGCUCCCAUUUUUGCCAAACUUUCUGCUGAAUACACCCUAGAUAACCUCAAGUUUGGCAAAAUUGAUGUUGGACGUUACCCAGAAGCAGCAAAACACUAUCAUAUAAAUGAUAGCACCUUCUCUCUCCAACUUCCUACAAUAUCUUUCUUCAAAGAAGGCAAGGAGGUUGAAAGGCGACCUAGUUUAAAUGCACAGGCAAAGUUUCAGAAAUUUUAUUUCACAGAGGAUAACAUAAAGGCUGCUUUUGAUUUAAAUAACGUUUAUGCAGAGUGCCAGAAGAUUUUAGAUGCAAAGAAACCAAAGGAAGAUCAUGCUAAGUCCGAGUAAUGCCAAGAAGUUUCAUGCAGUAAGCACCAUUGAACUUUUAUGAAUAAUAAAGCAUUUAUUACUUUCCUGUAAAGUAUGGUAACUAUGCUCAUAACAUCAACUUGUAUAGUACUGUAUUAUACUAUUGUGAAACAGAUAAUGAUCCUUAAGAAAAUAAUUGAUGUUUCACCAACAAGCCUUGUUUUUCCAUUGUACAUGAAAAUUUGAUAGGAUAGAUUGAAAAAAAUAAUUUGUGGAAAACCAAGUGGUUUAGUAUUUGAUUAUUUUGUUCAUGAUAAGCUUUCAAAAAGUACACGUGUAACACUUCAUGUCUUUAUUAUAUGUAUAUAGGAGCUCACUUGGACACAUGAAUUGGAACAGCACCAAAAUGAUCAGGAACUCCAGAAAUACAGUUUUUUAGAAUUCCAUUAUUGCAACCAACUCCAUCAUACAAAAUAGUUUAUAUAUAUCUGCAGUUCUUGAUGCCAGUAAGCCCCCAACAGUGAUUUCAUAAAUAUUACUACAGUGGACCAUCCCUUUUCAUCUUUAAUUCCUGCCAGUCUCUCCAACGAAAUGUGAAAUCGACUAAAACUGAAACCAUUUUCCCCACAAGAAAUAAUGUAUAUCCAGUUAAUCAGUUUCAGACAUCCAAAAGUUUGUUUUUUUCUCUCAACAAGUCGGCCGUCUCCCACCGAGGCAGGGUGACCCAAAAAAGAAAGAAAAUACUUUCAUCAUCAUUCAACACUUUCACCACACUUGCACAUUAUCACUGUUUUUGCAGAGGUGCUCAGAAUACAACAGUUUAGAAGCAUACACAUAUAAAGAUACACAACAUAUCCCUCCAAACUGCCAAUAUCCAAAAGUAUAAACAAAAAAUACAUUUUACAGAGAACUAUAUUCCACAGCUUAUUUAUCUAUAACAAUUCAUUCAAUAUGACAUAAUAAACAAUAUUAAUAACAAAGAAACAUGAUGUAUACUCUAGAAUGAAUAAAAUGUCAUUACAUAUGUGAGGAGUAAGUAGUAGUGAUGUUGGGUUUAUAAGGGCCACUGAGGAAGCUGUACAUAUUAGUGGUAGGCAGCAGCAGCAGAAGCUACCAACACUAUUCACACAAACAAUGUACAUAAUUUAUAAAUAAGAAAUAUCUACACUUACUGUACCUUGGAGAUGCUGGCAUUGGUUUAGGUUGGUGGAAGAUAGGCAGGGCGGCAUACGUUUGUCAGUGCCCUAUAGACCUCAAACAAUGGAGGAGUCAGUUUUGUGCCAUCCUUUUUCUCACUUAACUUAUUUGCUCCACUGUUAAUGCUAUACUUUAUCACUGGCUGGCGCAAUAGCCUUUAUUGACUCCUGCUGGUUUAGUAUCUUACAUAUCGAAGAAUCACUGAAUCACUAAAGGCACAUUCUCCCCUCUCUCUCCUUCCUCCACUUGGGUACUUUGCUGUGUGUUUUUUCUUGAAUUCUAUCGUGUUUCUUACCUUCUUUAUCAAUGGGCUGGGACUAGCAGCUUUCUUUGGGCCCAUAAUGGCUUAUUUAGCAGUCACACACAAUAAACGAGUGCAAAAAAACAAUGAAUUACGUAUUACAAAAUGUUUCCUAUGGCCUCGCAGGAUGACGAUCACUCACCGAGAAACAAUGCGACACUGCCUCAGAAUGCGUGUGGGAGGCUUUGUGUCUGCGCAGCACUUAGACAUGUACCAUACCACCGACGAGAAUGGAGGAAAGCAACAGAAAGUGAGCCAAUAAUUUUACGGAAAAAAUUUGUGAUAACGGAAAUGGGCGAAAACAGAGCCCAACGAAAAGGGAGGGUCCACUGUACCACAUUGCUCAUCAAGCCUGACCAUUUUUACCAGACACCAAUCAAAUUUACACAUCCACUAGCAAACCCCCCACCCAAGCUUUUAUGACUACUACUGCCACUCCACCUCUCUUCUUAUAUUAGGCAUCUUGUCUGUAUUAGAUUGAGCUUGUGGUACGCAGAAUGUUGAAUAGUACUCUGGUAUUGCACAUUUAGUAUCUUAAUCAGAAGAGUGUUUAAAAAUAAUUUUAACAAAUAUGCAGCGAGUCUUCAUGAAUAAAAGCUUAUUUUUAGCACCCUUGUAUUGGUUUUAAGCUAUAAACUUGGAGUAGACAUGUUCAGAAUGAGAACAGUAGCAGUAGCUUGCUUGUGAUUACAAGAUUGAGAAAAGUGUAUUAUUAUUAUUAUUACAAUCAAGGGGGAAGCGCUAAACCCGGAGGAUUAUACAGUGCCUGGGGGGGGAUGUGGAAGGCAUUCAGGCUUAAUUUGGGGAACUAGAGAAAAGUGUAGCAUGUAUCAUGUGAUGUCUUCUGGAAGGUGAAUGGCAGCAGCAUCACUAGAGUUACCUGGAGAGAGUUCCGGGGGUCAACGCCCCCGCGGCCCGGUCUGUGACCAGGCCUCCUUAGGUCAGUGUCCCAGGAUGCGACCCACACCAGUCGACUAACACCCAGGUACCCAUUUUACUGAUGGGGAACAUAGACAACAGGUGGAAAGAAACACGUCCAAUGUUUCUACUCUGGCUGGGAAUCGAACCCAGGCCCUCGCCGUGUGAAGCGAGAGCGUUAACCACCAGGCCACCAGAGCCCCUGAAUACUUGGAAUAAUUUUUAUGCAUAUGGAAAAUGAAUCAUACAAUGUCUGCAAUAAGUGACCCAUUAAUGUUUAAGUACAUAAAUAGAGCAUGCCAUGGGCAAACAUACAGCAAAUACUGAAGACAUAAUAAAUGUAAAGAAAUCUC